AUGGCAAGUACAAUGUCAUUUAUUACAAGCAAUAAAGGCAAACCAUUGUUAGUUCGUGAUAGUUACAUUUAUUAUGUUAGUAAAACAACAGCUACAGUUAAAUAUUGGAAAUGUGAAGAUCGUAGUUGCAAUGCCGGUGUUCAUACAAAUACUAAGGAUGCAUUUAUAAAAACAGUUGGUAUUCAUUCACAUUUACAAUCACCUGAAAACAUUGAAGUUCGUACAUUUAAAGAAAAUAUAAAACGUCGAGUUAUAAAUGAAACAACAGCAAUAACUAAAAUUUAUGAUGAAGAACUUGCUCGGCAACAAAUGUCACAAACAGCAGCUGCUAUUAUGCCGUCAUCAUAUGAAGCAAAUUCAGGUUUAAAUCGUGCACGUAGAAAAAUGACGCCAGUAUUACCAACAUCAUAUGCAUUUGAUAUACCAGCUCAAUACCAAGUUACAAUUAAUGACGUUCAGUUUGUAUUAUGUGAUGAAACAUUACAUAAUAAACGUUUACUACUAUUUAGUACAGAUCAGCAAUUAACGUUUCUGUUUUCUGCCAAACAUAUUAUGAUGGAUGGUACAUUUGAUACAUGUCCACCCUAUUUUGAUCAAGUUUACACUAUUCAUGCUAUUAAACAUGAAAAAGGUUAUCCAUGUGUCAUUGGUUUAUUAUGUGAUCGUAAAGCUCGUACUUAUAGAGAAUUAUUUCGUGAAUUGAAACAUCAUGCUACACGUUUAAAAACAACAUUUAAUCCAAAUACAAUAACAAGUGAUUUCGAAAAGGCUUUAAUCAAAGCUGUUGUUGAUGAAUUCCCACAAGCACGACAUGCCGGCUGCUAUUUUCAUUUUACACAGGCUCUUUAUCGUAAUAUACAAAAACUUGGUUUAUCAACAGCAUAUCGUGAUACUGAAACUACAAGAAUGGUAUGUCGAAAAUUAAUGGCAUUACCAUUAUUACAAUUAAACGAUGUUAAAUUGGCAUUUGAAGAUUUAAAAGAUGAUUCACCUAUUAUAUUACGAGAUUUAUUUAAUUAUUUUGAAAAUUUUUGGAUGACAGACAUUCCGCUUCAUCUUUGGAAUGUAUCUGAUCUUCAAAUUCGAACAAAUAAUAAUUGUGAAGGUAUUUAUACACACUCGCUUUCUUUACUAACAUAG